CUCUGGUCUCUUUCUAUAAAUUAAUAUCAAUCAUUUGAUCACUUGAAAUAUUAUUAUUGUGUUCUUAUUAUGAUUAUGGAAUUAUUAAGCUUCAUGGAAGACGGUGGUGUUUUGCUCAAGGUGGGAUUGUUCAUCAUUGUGCAGGCUCUGGUUUACAUGAUUCUUUCCAAAUCCUCCUUCAUCUUCAACUCCGGCAAUCAGCUCGCCAAAUCGUUCAGUUUCAGCCGUGUUCGUUCCAUCAAUGUCCGCCAGAUGAUGGCGGUUCUGGCGGACAUGCCGGCCGGAGGAGAGUAUUCGUCUUCCGCCUCCUCCUCUGCCGGGACGUCGUCUAAGAACCUCUUUAGAUCAUCAACAUAUAAUAAGGUCGACGACGCUGAUGAUAAUCAUCAUCACGCUUCUUAAUUAAACCCUAAUUCAUUAUAAUUUGUAUGUUUCAUUUUAUCAAUUGGGAUUUUUUUAUUCUUGUCCAAUGAAAUUUCCAUGUAUUGUAAAUUUAUCCAUUGCGUGGUUUCAUUUAUAUGUAAUUA